AUGGAAUUUAAUAAUAAUGUGAUCUCAAAAAUACCAAGUCUUAAAUGUAAUCCUUAAGGUUUUUAAUAAUUAUAGAAGCAGAUAACUCUUUUCAAAGAUACCAAAAUCCAUUGAAUGAAUUAUAAAUUAAAAGCGAAUCUAAUUCCUUUGAAUAGAAAUAACCUAAUUAUUUAAUUCCUAUGUAGCCUUACAUAUUUUAUCCUUCCACACCAAUAUAUCCAAUCCUAGGUGUUAAUUAUAACUUAAUGUAGGAGAAAUAAAGAGUGAAUAUAUCGAAUAAGCUAAUCAAUUCAUGAAGCAUGGAAUCUAAAAUAGUCUAGCAAGCAUGAUAUAAUAACAAAUUAUUACUUAGAAUGAAUUCAAAACUAAUUAAACUGUUUAUGGUUGUAAAAAGAUGUGUGAAAUUGAUUCCAUGUUAAUUGGCAGAUAUUACAAUUAAAAGUAUUGGGUAAUGAGUAUAUUCUAAUAGAGAUAUUUCAAAAUUCAAACUAAAACUAUAAAAUAGAUCAAACUAAAACACAAAAUACUGAUUGGCUUAAGUCAAGAUUGAAACAUAGAUAUAAAUCUUAAAUUUAUGCUUCAUUUUUAGAAAUGAUUGAUCUAAUCUAAGAAGAAGGAGAGUUAUUUAUGAAUGCAAGAACUCAAGCAAUAAAGUUAUAAAAUAUAAAAGUGUUUUAAAAUCUGGAAAGAUAGAUUUAAAAAUUGGUAAAAUCAAAAAAAAAUUUUGAUGUCUUUUUGCUUGAAAUUUAAAAAGUCUUAGCAGAUUUUAUUUUCUCGUCUUUAAAUUGA